ACGUCACAUGUUGUGUUACCAUCCGCUCCACGCAAGGACGAAGUCAGGUCAAAACAUUCACGAAUUGAAAUACCCACUGAGCGACUCGGGUCCGCUACAAUCGCGAAAGUAAGCAGUGGUUUCGACUGCAAGCGAGUUGAAGAUAACCUCGCUAUGUCUGUUCAACAAUGUUUAGCCUGUAAUGCUGUGGUGAGUAGACUGUGUCUUAAAGAUCGUUCAUAUUAUUUAUUUCGAACGUUAUCCUCUGUCGACCGAUUUUGAAUACACAUGUGCUUCAACUUGUCUGGCGAAAAUUAAUAACUUCACAUCGCCUUAGAUUCGUGCUUUUCGAAAGCAUCAGACACAGCAUGUAAUUCUUUAUUGACAUCGUAUAGUUUUACAACAAAACGAAGAGCUGAAUUCAUAUGAAAGCACUUUACACCACGCCAAACCAAAAUUUUCGCUGGCAGUUAAGAUAUUGAUUUUGCCAUGCCAGUAACACGUAGCAAUUCUUGUAUAUCAGACGACGUAAUUUAUGCCGCUUUUAGCCUCAGCACUUCGAAACUAAAGAGGAAUAAAAGCGUGUUUGACCAUAAAAGUAAAGGAGACUGAAACCAGCCGCUGUUGUACGUUGUCUCUGACAAGAGACGAAUUUAGUCUGAGAGUGCAUCAGAUCAGUUAUGGCGGUUUUGGCGUCAGCUGUGAAGGAAGAAAAUACCUCUUGCAAAAUUCCCUCUGACAGCAAAUAAUCUAACCUGUAAAUCAACUAAUGUCACGUUCGUGUAUUCUUAAUUACAUGGGUAAAAAAUCGAAGCAUUCUUGUCACGUUAAAAUAGGCUUGCGUAACUUGAAAGCUUUUGUGAGAUCUCGAGUCAGAGUUAAGAUUCAAUUUUUGUUUCCACAACAAGUUAAACCUCAUACAUUCUUCUAAGACUCUAAUUUGUUCAAAAUCCUGGUUCACUGUUAUCUCCUUAAGCCACCAAAUAAAGUCAUCCCCUCUCUCUAUUUAUUUAUAUAUUUUUAUUCACUAUAAUUUUUACCUUGGAAGACUUGACUUUCGAAAGUAAUUAUCAACGCGUGGUUUGAACGUGUGUUGUCAAGUGUCUCCAACGCUGAAUAUUUCGUUCGGCUACUUAAACAAAUUAUUUGGUUUUCUCAUGAUAAGUAGCUAUAACCUUUCUUUCCCGUCCUUGAAAAUCAAUUAUGAAAUGCUGCCCGAAAAAGUAAUUGUCAUAGACUUAUGCCCCAGAGAAAAAGGUGAUUCUUAAUCAUUGCUGAAAAGUCAAUAAGAGUUAGCUGACAUAUUUGAACCCGGGAAAUGGCCCUUAAAACUGAUUUUGACUGAAUCGGAGCCAAAAAGAAGAUGAUACGAUCCUCUUAACUAGAGGAUACAGUCAUGGCGGUAGAAUUCCCGGCAUGCAAGUGUAAGUAAACGAUAGACAAGUUAACUGAUGAAAAUUAAGAGCCCUCCUCUCUUUUCUUUUUUUGCACUCUCGUCGCAGUAACCGUUCAUACUCCACUUUUCCACUAUUCUCUCAAAUAAAUUGUGAUCUUGGUUCUUCUCAGAAUCGAAGUUGAUGCCAUUUUAAAGUACCACUCACGUGCAACUGAUGUAGUAUAACCGCCUUGCCGCCGGCAGGCAAGCAUUGCCUUACUGAGAUAUCACGUCUACUUACGGUAUACUGAUUACCCUUUUAAGCCUUGUUGUAAGUUAUUAUGAAACUUGAUUCAACAGCAAAAGUAGUUGUACCAAAUUAGAAUGAAAUAUUUAAUUUUGAUAGUAUUUAUUAAUUUUCUCGAGAGACUAAAAUCAGAUGUUAAGCUCCAAAUAUCAACAUUGUGAACCGACGUGAGCGUAUCAAAAGGAUUCGUUUAGAUCAGUCUGGCUAUUCCUUGCGAGAACAAAGGCUCCUUUUCUACUGGGGAAAAUUGGCCCAUAUGCGCUUAUAUCAUGUCGAUCGCGCAUAUUGGCUCGUCAACUUAAGACUCCUUUUCUAAACCACUUUCUGACCUCUUCAUUAAAUGGCUUAGUAUUUUUCUCAAACACCUAUGGAGCAUAAAGUCUCGACAAUCAGUGCCAUUUACCUUUAGCGGCUUCCUCAAGCUGUCGUCUGCGGCUCGCGUCAAGUCAGGCGGCAUCCUUCAGUUUAGACCUGAGAUUGUGCCUCUUAGUUUAUUGGAUACCCGUGGGCGUUCUCUUAAUGGGAAUUCAAAAAGCUAAGCGCUUUUUUUAAAACAUUGAGAGCGUCAACUAGUAAGGCAGAACUUGAAUCAUUCUAAAAGAAGCAGAAAUUCGGUGUCUUUAUCUUCGCGGAAUCGUCUUUGUUUAACCAUCAUUUUGAAAUUUCAACCCUUUUUGCUGACAAUGAAUAUUCUUGAUAACAUCUAACCUAUGUAAAACAGUCCGUCUUCCUAACAAAGGGGGGGGCUCUACGUACGAUUUUUUUAGCCUACGAAGCAGUUAUAAGAGACAUGAACACCAAAUAAAUUGGAAGAGAGGACGAAAAGUUUCAGUGCUUCUCACACUUCCCACUCAUUCGUCCUAUACUUUGACAAGUCUCUAGAGCUCUCCAAAAAAGGAUUUGAACAGGGAUUUAUUGACCGACUGACUCACUGACUGACUGACCGACCGACCGACUGACUCACUUUACUGACUGACUGGCUGACUGGUCUGACUGGCUGACUGGCUGACUGGCUGACUGACUUCUGGCUGACUGGCAGACUGACCUACUGACUAAACGUCUGACUGACUGACCGACCGUGGGACAUCCUGACUGCCCGAUCAGGUGAUCGACUGAUUGUCCCUCUUUAGAAAGGAUGCAUGGUUAAUCCGAUCUUUGAAUAAGAAUAAAUGAUUGAUGCACCCCGAAAACGCACACAAAAUAUCGCUUUUGCGAAACGUCAGGAAAGCCGUAACAAUUACUUUGUGUCCUAAAUUCUCAAUGCUUUGCUUAAUUUUAUAACACUCAGGUCCCCAAGUCCAGUAAGUCAUGCCAGUGUGGCCACGUCUUUGAGGAUGUCAAACAAAUCGCGGGAAAACGGUUUUCAGGUAAAUGUUAGAUGUUGAACAGGAUAAAACAAAUCGUGAAACAGUUGUUAGCGGAUUCGUGUUUGUUUUCUGCAGAGUAUCGGGCAGAGUUGUACUGGCGACUAGAGAGCAAGCGAAUGAAAGCGUUAUCGAAAGAAAACACCCCACUUAACGAAGUGACACCCACUGAUGAAAAUAACAAUGUUAACAAAGAUGUCAAAGACAACAACAAUAACGAGGUAAAGUAGGUUUUUCGUCAAUUAUUUCUCUUGGCGCCUUCCGUAACGCUUAAGGCAAACAGAACAACUCAGAGUAAAAUAUCAACCCCGAUGAGUGUCCCCGCGUUGAGUUGGGAGGUCGUUUGUUAAAUGAAUGGAAUCGAUGAUGUCAUGAUCGAGUCCAGAGACGGUCUAAAUAAUGUAAUUAUGUACAAACCGGUAAUCUAUGGAUCACCACUCAUUUAUUUUCCGUUGUACCAGUUUUGCGUGUUAUAAGCUUUAAGAGAAAAAUUGAGCAAAACACGCUUUGUAGGAGGUUUUCGCUGAAGCCAAGGCUAUGACAGAGUCGCCCGAGGAGGAGUUACUUAAGUUUUAGCCGAGUUACUUAAGUUUUAGCCGUUUGGCGUAAAAAUUGAUUAAUGUUAACCGUUAAUCGUAGAAAAAGUAAACCGUAAAAAUAUUUUCUUGGAACCGUAAAAGUAAAAUUGGGGCACAGCCCUAGCUUGGUCUUUUGACUUGGAACAAGGUACAAAGAACUGAAGUGAUCUACAGAGUUAAAAGUUAUCGAUAUAACAGCUGAACUUAAUCACCUGUUCACGUGCAGUUUUACACUCAGACAAAACAAAUUAUGUUGGUGGUCUUAAUAUUUUGAUUUUAAAGAGGAUGUUUUCUUUUUUUACCCGCCUAAAAUUGACCUUGUGGGAAGCACGAGCUCGAUCAAGGUCAAUUAUCAAGGUGAACCAAAACAACAAAUGUAAAACUGUAUCAAUCAGCAAAAACGAAAAUAUUUUCAAUGAAGCAUCAAGUGAGCGAUUAUUUGGUUUUCUCGUUUUCUUGAUUACGAUUUUCGAAUGGCAAUAACCAUCACUUUAAAGAUGACGCUAAGUGCAAAAUCAUUCUUGAGAAAAAUGAUGUAUAUUUGAUUUAAAAUAAAACAUCAUUUUCACUUUAAAAGCCUUACCCUUGCCAGAGAUUUCAUGCAUCUCGAAAAAUGACCUAAUAAUUCAGUCUAUUUAACACCCAGCAGAAAAUCGCGGAGCCCAUCGUUCGGCUAUCAGCAGUCCCCAAGAAAAGAAUUCUUCAGCGCAGGGUUAAAGGGUUGUGUCCUACAAACAGAGGACUCCAUAAGCCUUCUAACAUGAACUACCAACGUGUUCAACCCAGCAACGACAAAAGUGUGUCACCCGAAGUUCUGUACCGACUCUCUAAAGCCCUGGAAGAAAUUAACAAAAAGAUUCUAACGCAAAAUAUGGUGUGGAAAAGUUUGGUGUAG